AUGAGCACGAGAUUCCAUAAGGCGGCUCAAGACGGUUUCGUAAACCUACUGAAAGAGGCAACCAAAAGAGAUUGCAACGCCAAAGAUGAUGACGGGAUGACGCCGACGCUUUGGGCGGCUUUCAAAGGGCACCUGGAAGCGUUGAGGGUACUCGUCGGCAGAGGUGGUGAUCCUGAAAAAUGCAAUUACCAUCUUGGACAAAAUGCAUUACAUCUGGCCGCAUCUAAAGGACAUUUGAGUUGUGUGAUGUUUCUUGUCGGUUUCGAUGUCAACUUGUGGGCUUUAGACUUGGACUUUCUCACGGCAAUGCAAUUAGCAGCCAUACAUGGUAAAUCGCAAGUACUCCAAUACUUGGAUAAAGCGGCCGCAUCUCAAAUAAUGCAGAACAAGAAAAAAGUUGAAUCUAAGAAAGAAAAGGCUCAGAAAGACGCAGAACGCAAUCAAAAGAAGUACGAAGAUCGGACGAAAAAAGAGAGGGAAAAAGAGAAAAAGCAAAUUAGAAGGGUAGAAAAAGAAUACUUGGGUGGUAACAAAGCAGAUUCGGAAACUGCCAUACCUACUGUUCGAUCAAUUCCUUUGUCUUUGCGCAAAUCGUCAUCGGACCUGUCCUGUAAGUCGUUUACAGAGAUCGUCGGAUCCGGUACCGUGAAGAAACCGUUUGUUAGUUCGGGCGGUGUGAAGAAGAUAUUGGACAGGAAACUGAAGGCGGCAGCGGUGGACGCCCACAACAAAACCAAUAAAUCGUCGUACAAAUCGAUAAAAGAGGUCGAGGAUAGCACGAGUGUACGAACCAUAACGUCCAAUGGAGAUUCGCAAAUUAUUUAUGUCAAUUCGUACGAGAACGAGAACGGAGGGAAAAGAGGCAGGAUUUCGGAUGUGUUCGAGUUGCACCGCACAAUUUCGCAACCGAACUUCAUCAUGGAUCUACAGAACGACGAUAAAGUACAUUGGCACGAUCAAGGUAGCAUGUUCGAUCGACCGGGCUUCGGAAGCGUCGCGUUCAGGCAAAACGUGACCACAAUUCCAGUACCAGACGUGUCUAGGGCGACUAUUGAAGACGAGGCGUGCAGUAUCGGCAGCGCUGGAAGUCUAGUGAAGCGGAACCAGCCGAGCAGCACAAUGUCCUGGGACGAAUUUCAAAACAGCGACGAGGAAAACAUCGCGCUGAACGGGCGCAGUACAAAGUGGUCGGCCGUGCACAAGUUUCUGGUGUCGGCGGGCGUCGGCGAGUACGUGGACAAGUUCGUCGAGCAGAGGGUGGACCUGGACGCGCUGUUCAUGCUCGACGACCGAGACCUGAUCUCGCUCGGUCUGCCACUGGGCCCCAGGAAGAAGCUGCUCGGCGCCAUCGACGAGCGGGCGGGGAGACGCUGCGGUGCUCGCCAAAACAUUGGCAUCGACGCGACGGCUCCUGCAAAAUCGCUCAGCGAGUGUUGA